AUGAUGGAGGAACUUAGAUUGAAGAGCCAUGAAUCAACCGCAAAGAAAAAGUUAACCAUGAGUACUGAAACUGUGAAUGGACUCAAGAUCAACAGUGCAGAGUUUAUUUUCUGUGACAUCAAUAUCACUUGGGGUGCUGAUAAAUUAGAUCAGCUAAUUAAUAAAGUACUUUACAGAGAAAGUAAAUGGGUUAAGAUUUUAAGAGGUUUAGAAAAUUAUAAAGCAAGAAUGGAGAGAGAAGGUACCGAACCAGUUUGGCCUGAAAUAUGCAGCACCAUAAGAAGAAAGGAUGACAAAGUGGAACUUCGAGAAGCUGUCAAUAAUAAACUAGAGAAGGCCAAAUCUAGUGCUAAUGAUAAAGGUAAAAGGUUCAAGGGUAUUAAACUAAUUAAAACUUCUGCAAGAAUUAAAGUACCGGUUGAGAAAGAUGCGAAGGACUAUAAGGAGUACAUGUCGAAUUAUAGGGCGUCAAUGGCCAUGUAUUUUAAUACCGCACAAGGUAUGAUUUCAACACAGAUGAGGCUUCAAGUAGUUGAUAGAUAUGGCAGAGUUGUAUUCGAUUUUAGAGGUAUUAAUAAUCAAACGGUCGAUUUACCUUAUCCAAUGCCGUUAAUAGAUCAAUUAUUAAACAAAGCAAAGAAUAACAGAAUUCAAGGUAAUACAAAAACAAUCGAGGAGUGGGCCAAGGUUUUAAGAAGAAGUGUAGAAGGUGAUGAAUUUAAAGAAUAUUUGUUAAAAGAAUUAUCUUUACUCAAGUUGGAGAAUGAAAGAUUUAGAAACCAAAAUUAUGGGUUUGAAAGAAGAAAGAAGCCACUAUCGGAAGAUGUAAAAUUUGAAGGAGGCUUUUCAAUGGGUUUCGAAAAAACAUGGGAUUUAUUCGAAUUCCAAUUUAGAUAUCACUUCGGUCCCCGUUUUGACAAUACAGAUUUAAUCUCAAGUCUUAAAGGUGAUGCAUUAAUUUAUUUACAAAGGAUGGACCCAAAUGGUAAUAAUUCUGCGGAAGAGAAUUUAUUACAAUUAAGAAAGCAAUACCAAGAUCUUCCAAGGUUUUAA